AUGGCUUCCCUCCCCACCAGUCCCUCCUCCGACGCAACCAGGAACCCGCCCGUCUCGAGUCGGCCUGCCACCACCACAAAAGGACCAAAUGUCCCCAGUCCCGGUCCGUCAGCAGCUACUGAAUUGUCGAAUCUCCUACUCGCCCUUCGCAAGCUCCGAGAAGCGGUGAUAUCCUCCGAAUCCCGCACGCCCGUGGACUUUUCACAGAGGGUCUAUGUGUUCUCCGUCCGUGUCGCCAUCCUCGCUCAGCAUCCGCCGUCAUACGUCCCUUCUCUCCACCGUCUCAUAGACACGCUCCACAAGUCGUCAUAUCCGCUGCCCGAGUCUGAAUUGAGGGAGUUCAUUACGUAUCUUAUUCUGGACUACGCCUGUCGUGAAGAUAACAUGAUCGCCGCGUUUGAGUUGCGGGCCCGUGCGCGGAGACGUUACGGGUUCCAAUCGAAAACCGUUGAUCGUCUUCUAUCGGCUCUAUUGCAGGAUAAUUGGUUUGUGUUCUGGAAGGUCCGGAACGAGGUCGAUUCAUAUAUGCGGAAUGUGAUCAAUUGGGCUGCGGAUCGGGUUAGGAGGCAGGCGCUCAAGGCUGUGGGGAGUGCGUAUCUGAAUGUCGAGGCUAGUUGGGUUCUGGAGGGUUGUACAGGGGAGGAGAGUUGGACGUGGGAUAGGCUAGUUGAGACUGAGAAGAUUGGUUGGGAGAAGGAGGGGGAAAAGAUUAUUAUUAAGAGGCCGAAGCGAAAGCCUGAGAAGAAGCUCAAUCCAACCACGGAGAGUGCAAAGUCUUGA